GACAGACAGUGUCUGUCUGACUGUUGUGCUAUCAUGUUUACAUUUUUGAGAUUUAUGAGCAAGCACUAAACGCAAACGCCUAAAUCUUGAUCUUAUAAAAUUGAUGUGUUUAAACGUUAUUGCGUUACAAUAUAUUGUACUUUUAUUAUAUACGCUGUCCUGCAAUUGUAUUUCUAAAUGUUAAUAAUGAAUGAAUUGGAUUUCUAUGACGACUAUGCAGUUGCAGUCGUCGUCAAUACUGACAAUAUUUUAGAAAAUAUUUUCUCAUAUCUUCGUUUGAAAGAUCUCCGUAACUGUGCUUUGGUUUGUAAAACUUGGUAUAGAAUUCUAAAUGACGAAAAUAAUGAUGUUUGGCGACUACAUUGUGUUAAAAGAUUAGCAGAAGAGGUACUGAAGUCUGAUUUACUCUCGACUGUUAGCACUUACAAAUCUAAAUUGAGAGCAUAUUUUCAUGCUUGGAAUCCUCACGACUGUUCUCGAAAUAUAUAUGUCAAAGCAAAUGGCUUUACAUUGCACAGAAACCCUGUAGCUCAAAGUACUGAUGCUUGUAGAGGGAAAAUUGGUUUUUAUCAUGGAAGGCAUGCUUGGGAGGUGAUAUGGGAAGGCCCUUUAGGUACUGUAGCUGUAGUAGGUAUAUCAACUAAAGAUGCACCCUUGGAAUGCCAUGGGUAUGUGGGACUGUUGGGAUCCGAUGAACAAAGUUGGGGUUGGAAUUUAGUUGAUAAUCAUUUGUUACAUAAUGGUGAUACUCAAGGACACUAUCCUCUCCUGAAUAACUGUCCUAAAUACCAGGUGGGUGAGCGAAUAAGAGUUAUUCUAGACUGUGAAGACAAUACCUUAUCAUUUGAAAGAAAUUAUGAAUUUUUGGGAGUUGCAUUUCGAGGCCUACCUAACAAGAAGUUAUACCCAACAGUUUCAGCAGUCUAUGGCAACACAGAAGUAUCAAUGAUAUAUUUGGGUCCACCUGUAGAUGGCUGAUAGUAAGAGUACAUCUAGAAAAUAAACAGUUUCUAGUCAAAAUGCAAUAAUGUGAUAAAAUAUUAUAUUGUUCCAAGGCUAAUACUAUUUAAUGAAGAUACUGUAAACAUUUAAGCACUGGUGAGUAUGACUUUAUUUGUCACAAGUAAAAAAAAAUUAACUCAUAAACUUAUGUGUAAAUCGAAAUAAUGUCUUUGCAGUCCCAUUGCUAGGUUUUUUUAUUAUUCAAUAUUAAAUUAAAGAAGUGGGCUAUACUGAUACACAUUGGUAGUAUUAUUAGAAAGCUUAUAAUAUUAUUACUUGCCCCUUGUAUGGUGUUUACAGUUGUAAAGGGAUAAUAUUUUUAACAUAGGGUGUUUAUUGGACCUUGGUAAACAUAUUUCAGAACAUGUGAAUGUAAAAAUGAACCUUGAACAGCAGGUACUAUAAAUAUAAAAUAUCAUAUAAAAAAACAAAUUAAUUCUAUUUGACCAUGUUGGUGUCCUUUGUUAUAAAUGUUAUCCUAUGAUAUAGGUAUGUACAUAUUUAUAAAAUACAUGUAUUUAUAUUAUUUAGAUGUAAACAUACACAAUUAUGAAAACAAGCUUUGAAAUAUUUGUGUACAGUAUACCUCAGUUUAAUUCUCUUUUCAAAAUUAAGUUGGUAAUGCAGUGUGCAAAGUGUGCGAUAAUAUAAUAUUAAGAUGCUAUGACAUUUGCUUAGAGAAUUGAUAAAUUAAAGAUAAAACAAAAUUAUUUCAGUAGGCUAAUUGUUAAUAUCACAAAAAUAUAGUACUUAAAUUAGUAUAGACAUUAAUAACAGCCUUCUAAUGGCCACAAAUUUUUUUUAUAUGUUAGGCCCGAAGUCCACCUAAACGGAGAUAAAAGAAGAAGAGUGGAGACGUGUAUAACAACCAAUCAGUAUGAUCUCCACUUAAGCUGAUGAGAAAUAAUUUGAAAAAAAAUAUAUAUCACUAAAUUCUAAAGGUUUAUUAAAAUACAUGUCCUUUCUGCUCAUCACAGCUACGCCUUUGUUAACCCCGGCCAACCCGGCCUUAUAUAUAUAUAAAUGCGUAUACCAGUAUGGCGGAUAAGCUCAGGCGCGUUUCAAUAUGAUUCACUGUGAUCCCAGUGAUAUGUGAGACCACUGAAAGGUUAAAUAAAGCCAUUUCAAAGUAAUUGACACAUUUGAGCAUCAUGAAAGUAUUUGUGUAAAAAAUAAUUCUAGAUGAAGGUGUCUAAUAAAAUUUACACACAAGCCAUUCUAUGCUAAGUACACACCUUCAUAUAUAGAAAUAUGCGGCAAGUCGAUUUAGGCCUCGGCCUUGCCACAAAAACACGGUAAAGAUAAUAAUGUUUAAUAAUCAUGUUUCUAAAGCAAUAAAUUUAAUGAGUUAAACCUACUUAUAAAGGGCACCUAUUGCAAUUAAUUAGCUCUGUUAGAUAACAAAUGCAUUUAUUUGCGCCGUUACCUACUUAUUAUUUAUUGCCAUAUUUAUGUGUGCUGGACCUAUAAACUAAAUUAUCCUAGAAAUUAAUAAUUUCAAAACUGAUGAACAAAUGAAAUAACGUAAUUUGUGUAAAAGACUUUAAUACCGUGUAGGUAGGUACUUGAUAACAUAUGUAGUUAACUAGUUCCAUACAAAGUUGCAUUAUGUCCGUUCUUCGUCUAUAAUAUGAUAUAAAUCUCCCGAUCGAUUUCAAUCAUGGUGGCCAGUCUAACUAGAUUAGCCCACUACGCUGGAGACAUAAUUAGCACAAGUGUGUGCGCAAACACAGGUGCACUCUGUUCCCUCACUCUGAACCCGGGGACGGCAGACAGACACGACCGGAGAGAGAUCAAGCGCAGGAACACCUGCUUUACGUGCUUUCCGAUGCACGGUGGUGGAACACCGAUGAUCUCCCUGGUUUCAUGAUAAUAAUGUUCAUUUUACUUAGAAAAUGCCAUUAUCUGUUUUUGGAUGGCGCGAGAAUCUAAC